AUGGGUUGUCAAAUCAUCUCUGACAGUUGUCACCCAGUGGAGCAAAAAAAUGGUGACUUUGUGCCUUUCCAACAGUUGUCACUUGAUAAAGAAGAGCUGGAUGAAGGUGGGGUGCAUGUUAGGGAGUGAUAAGUCUUCAUUAUCAUGAGUUAAUAAUUAGUAAAUAAUAUAAUUUUAGUCUUAACUCAUGAUAAAUAGAUUUAUAUUUGUGUUAAAGAAUUAUUUUUGGUUUUCAAUUGAUUAAUGUGAAUUUUUGGGUAAUUAUGUGAUUUUAUACGAUUUUUACAAUCUUACUUUUGAGAUAAAUGAAGAACAAAUAAAAAUAAAAAUAUUGCAAAAAUGGGGGAACCCGCCGGCCAGCCGGGCCCACAAGCGCAGUCGGGGAGUAAGUCGCGAGCAGGGGCUCGAGCGGCUUGGGUUGGGGACCGACAAGGCACACGUACGUGACUCCCCUUCCACGUCACCAGUGGCCAGCCGGCUGUGGGGCAAGGAGUGGUCAUACACACAAGAGAUGGGACUUUGUUGACAAACCUAACAUUACUAUAUAUUCGCCUGAAAAAUCGACAUACAACCGAUGUGGGACUAAACCCCUGUCACACCUUCCUCAGAAGAGGUGGGCGACUGACGCGGGUUCGAAUCCUCCCAGAGUCAAAAUUCAUAUAUUUCUAUCUGAUUAUCGCGACUUUCCUACAGAUCACUGGUGAAGGAUUAAGCAACGAGAAUCGCUGGAUCAUCGGCAAAAAUCUCGUCAACGCGAUUCACGGAGCAUUGCUACUAAAAUUGCUGAACGAUUUAUGAUAAAAGGAUCGCGAAUCCAUCGAGUAAAUCAUCUCUGAUUGAUCGACAAACAAGCCGUCGUCGAGAAGAGGACGAUUCAUCAGGAGACCAGUCGCCACUUCUUGAGAGCGUACCAGAUGCGAUGAAGAGCCUCACCUCCAUCCAGCUUCUCUUGCUGCGCGGACCUGAGGAUGAAGCUCCCUAACACGUGCCCCACCUCCAUCCUGCUCCUCUCCGUUGGGUGACAAUCGCCGGAGAGCCGCAAAGUCGCCAUUUUUCCGCUCCUCCGGGUGACAGCUGCCGGAGACGAUUCGACGACCCACUUCAUUGAUCUCUAGACUUCGCGAGAAGAUCUAGAGAUUGCCCACGUCGUCUUUGUCCAAGGAGAGCCUUCGAGGCCGUGGACACUGCACGACGACCCUCCCGAAUGCUCAGGAUUCUAGUGCAUCACUGACGCAUCGCCGUCGCGACGCCAGAACUUUGUUUUACUGCUUUCAAUUUACUUUACGCUUCAUUUAGUGAUAAUUUUUGUGUUUUUAAUUUACCAAAAUAUACUUUUUUCUAUUACGAUUCUUCCGACUUUUACAGAUCUUAAUUUGAUCAAUUAAAUCAACCGUAAUCGCAUACGUAAGAAUUGCCGGGCGAAACUCUGUUUCUGUCCGAUUCGCUCUCGCCUAGUGCUGACGUCAUUCUGACGUCCGCGCCCUUAUUUCCCUUUUUCAUGAAUUUUAAAUAUAUUUCCUUUUUAUUUCCUAGUAUAAAAUUCAUAGAAAAAUCGUAUUCAUUGAGAACAAUUCUGAAUAAUUACUAGAUAUUAUAUUACUUCCUUGUGAUUGACCUGGAAAAUUACCGCUAUUUUUGGAAUUUUUAUUAAAGUAUAAUUGAUAUAUUUAUUUAGAAAUACUUCUAAAUAUCCAAAAAUUCGUAUUUUCUAGUUUUAUAAAUUUUAUAUUUGCGUGAUUUAAUAUACAACGAUUGAGUCACAUCAGGGAGCUUCAUCUUCAGGUCUACGCAGCAAGAGGAGGCUCUUCAUCACAUCUAGUAUGCUCUUAGGAGGUGACAACUUGUCUCUUGGCAGAUUGUCUUCUUCCCGAUGACAGGUUGUUUUUCGAUCAAUCAAAGAUGCUUUACUCAAUGGAUUUGUGAUCCUUUUAUCGUGAAUCAUUCAACAGCUUUAUUAACAAUGCUCUAUAAAUCACGUUGAUGAAAUUUUCACCAAUGAUCCAACAAUUCUGGUUGCUUAAUCCUUCACUGUUGAUCUGCAAGAAAGUCGCGAUAAUCAGAUAAAAAACAAUAUGAGUUUUGGCUUUGAGAGGAUUCAAACCCGCACUGAUUGCCUGCCCUUUCUGGGGAAGGUGUGAUGCAGGUUUAGUCCCACAUCGGUUGUGCACCAAUAUUUUUGACGAAUAUAUAGUAAUAGUACAUUUCCAAUCAAGUCUCUUUCUCGCGCAUAUAUGACCACUCCUUGCCCCACACCUAGCUGGCCACCGGUGGCGUGGAAGAAGAGUGGCACACACGUGCCCCCAUCGGUCCAAGCCGCUCAAGCCCCUACUCAUGACUACUCCCUGAUUGCGCUUCCAACCUGCUUGCGGGCCCGACUAGCUAACGAGUUCCCCCUAUUUUGUUAUAUUUUUUUUUCUUCAUUUAUCUCAAAAGUAAGACUAUAAAAAUCAUAUAAAUUUGUAUAAAAUCAUAUAAUUAUCCAAAAAUUUACAUUAAUCAACUAAAAACUACUUUUUAUAUUUUAACACAAAUAUAAGUUUAUUUUUCAUGAGUUAAGACUAAAAUUAUAUUAUUUACUAAUUAUUAACUCAUCAUAAUGAAGGCAUAACACACCCCCCAACUUAAAUCAUUGCCAGUCCCUUAGCAAUGAAAUUACAAAAAUAAAUCUCCAACAUCAUAUUUCAAUGCAUAAAAAGAAAAUAUAAUUAGAAAUGAUGCACCUUUAGACACUUUGGAUUCUUAUAUCAAGUAUGUAAGAAUGAUGUCAAACACUUAAAUAUUUAAGCACUCUUGGAAUAAUAAUCUAGACAUCACUUCUUCUAUUCACAUAUUUAUCACUUCUUUACUAAUAGAUAUAUUUACAAGAUGUUCCAAUUAUAAAUACUCAUCCAAAAAUAAUACUGAUUCUAUAUUUCCCUUUUCAAUGGCUUACUUUUUGAAGUUUGUACUAUAUUUCCUCCUUUUUUUAUUUUUCUAUAUAGUGGAUAAGUAGCUUUUUCUAUAGAGAAAUUUCAACAAGAAGAAUGAUGUCUCACACCCUCCAUGUGUACUCUUCAUUUUCAGGGCUUUCACUUUAUCCACUUUUUUUACAGCGAAUGUUUUUCUAUGCACGAUUUUCGACAAUGAGAAUGAUGUCUCACACCCUUCAUGUGUACUCUUCGUUUUUAGAUUUUUCACAUUGCUCUCUCUUUUUUUUUUUUAAAAUAAUUGAUUUCUCUUCACAAGUCCUAUAGAUCAGGAUGCAAAAAGCUCCAUUAAACUCAAAUGCUCAGUCAAAUUUUCACAUCAAGUAAAUACUAUCCAUCAAGAUCAUGAAGUGAAAAUCUGUAAAAUCAAAUUCAUGUUACCUAUCAUGUAUCCAAGGAGUAUUCCAAUAUUUCAUACUACUAGAUCAUUAUUUUGACUCAAUAAUAAUCUUCCUAGUAUCUUGUAGUAUCAAUCAAUCUAAUUGAUUUAAUUUUUCAUGCAUGCAAUAUGAUGUAAGAAAGUUAUAAGUUAGAUAGUUUUGAUAGUUCUAUUUUCUAUUUGCAGUUCUACUUUUAGCAACAAUAAAUUUGUCAAAAAUAAAUCAAAACUAUUCUCUUUAUAGCUGUAAUUUCGAAUUUCAGUAAUAUAUGUCUAGGAGAUUGAAAUGUAAGAAAAUGGUCUCAAGAAUUUUAAAAUUUGGGGUAAUUUUUGUCUAUUCUUUUUGACAACCUGUUGUUUCUGACAGGAAAUAAGAAAAUAGAUGUUGUAGUUUCUCUUAAUUUUAUUUUAUUUUUAUUUUUUAGUUGCUGUUCUAAGUUGAAUAUAAUACAAACACAUGUUCUUAAUCGUCCUACAGCAUAAAUUAAUAAAGAAUACUUCACCCCCCAACUUAAAAAUGACAUUGUCCUCAAUGACACAUAAUUUUCAAGUGAAGCAUACAUACAUCCAAAGUUAAGUAUUAAAAAUGUUGUCAUAAAUGAUAAAGCUUAGAAAGACAUCACCUCAAGCUUGUUUUUAAUUUUCCACUUCAUUUUACACUCCUCUUGUACUUUUUCAAAAAAAAAAUUACAGAAGUAUUGUGAAAUUCUAAGAAAAAAAGAGCUUAAAAAAAUUUAAAAAAUAAUAAAAUAGAAUGAAAUAAAAACCAUGGGUUGCCUUCCAUGUAGUGCUAAAUUUAAUGUCUUCAACUAGACAACUCUUAAAUCAUAUAAGACGAUCUAUGGCCAUCAAAAUAUAUUUAUAUCCCAAAGUAAGUUUCAUGAUAUUUUUUUUCAGAUUUAGCAUAAAUUCAUAUACUUCAUAUAUAUACCUUGCCAUACUUUCAGUCAAAACAAAAUGCAAAUUAACAAAAUUUUCCCAAAAAUAAUAUUUCUAUUUUGAACAGAAUCUUUCCUCAUUUCUAUCUUAUUUUGUAAGGCUCUCAUUCAUUAAUAAAUACUUUCUAUUAAUAGACUAUAAAAUGUGAUCAAGCCAUAUAAUUUUCAAAUUAACUCUUACCCAAUCUAGAAUUUUUUUCAUCUAAAUUGAUAUCUCUAAUUCUUCCAUUCACCCGUUUCUUAAUGUCUUCUUUUAUCUACAUAAUCUUCCCUUGCUCUAUUUUAUCUUCCAUACAUAUUUGUUCAAUUUGUAAGGAGUGAAAUAUUUCAAGAUUAGAAAUAACUCUAAUGGGUUGUGGGUUUUGAAAGAUGGAAGGAUUGUCUUCUUUAAUCUCAGAUCUAAUGAAUUUAGUCAAAUUCAAAUUUUCUCCUCCAAAAUUAUCUCUAUAUUCAUAUUGAUUAUUUUCAUUUCUCUCCAUUAGUUGAAUCAACUCUUUUUCUAGCUUUUCGUUUCUCAACUCAUCAAAUUCUUCAUCUUCUCAAGAGCUAUCUUUUAAUUUCAGUAUAUGAUAUGCAUCAUCAUUCUCACUAUCAACAUCUAUUGCUGCCAAAUUAUGAUUAGAUUUAUUAAUUUCGUCUCCUACAUCUCCCAAAUCAAUUGAUUUUUCCUCACUUGAAAUAUGUUUUUCUUCAUUUCUGUCCUUACUCCCUUCUACUAAAAUUUGGAAGAUUCUUCCAUGAUCAGCUGAUUACUCUCAUCAUCCUCACUAUAUUCAUUCAUCAAUUAUGAUCAAUAAAUGAUUUUAUUUAAAUUUUUCACUACUAUAUUUUCGCUCAUUGAUUUCUGCUAAUAAUUAUAAAUAAGGAUCUAGUAAAAUAUUCUCACUUAAUGUAUUUACUAUCCUAACAUUUUCAUUUUGUGGGUGUUUUUUUUAAUUUAUCCAGCUAGAUUCUCCUUGUUGAAAUCUUACUAUUAGAUAGUUUCCUAAUUUUCUAUGAGGUGACUGGGUGACUGUCCCUUUUCUCUCUUAUUCUCAAAAGCCUCUAUAAUUUGUUGCUAAUGAAACAAGGCCACAGGGGCUUCAAGUAGUGAUAGCUGACCUAACCAUAUGGGCCGCUGAUAAGUCUUCAUUAUCAUGAGUUAAUAAUUAGUAAAUAAUAUAGUUUUAGCCUUAACUCAUGAUAAAUAGACUUAUAUUUGUGUUAAAGCAUGAAAAGUGGUUUUCAGUUGAUUAACGUAAAUUUUUGGGUAAUUAUGUGAUUUUAUACGAUUUUUACAGUCUUAGUUUGAGAUAAAAUGAAGAACAAGAAAUAAAAAUAAAAAUAUUGCAAAAUGGGGGGAUCCGCCGGCCAGCCGGGCCCGCAAGCGGGUCGGAAGCGCAGUCGGGGAGUAGUCGCGAGCAGGGGCUGGAGCGGCUUGCUUGGAUCGAUAGGGGCACGUGUGCGCACUCCCCUUCCACGUCACCGGUGGUCAGCCGGCUGUGGGGCAAGGAGUGGUCGUACACGCGAGAGGACUUUGCCUAGAAAGCUAACUUUACUAUAUAAUCACCCAAAUAAUCUGCGCACAACCGAUGUGGGACUAAAUCCACCUUGUUCAGGGGCGGGCGACCGCCACGGGUUCGAAUCCUCCCAGAGUCAAAAUUCAUAUAUUUUUAACUGAUUAUCGCGACUUUCCUGCAGAUCGCCGGUGAAGGAUUAAGUAACCGGAAUCGCUGGAUCAUCGGCGAAAAUCUCGUCAACGCGAUUUGCGGAGCAUUGCUACUAAAAUUUCUAAACGAUUCGCGAUAAAAGGAUCGCAAUCCAUCGAGUAAAUCAUCUCCGAUUGAUCGACGAACAAGCCGUCGUCGGGAAGAGGACGAUCCGCCAGGAGACCAGUCGCCACCUCCUGAGAGCGUACCAGAUGCGAUGAAGAGCCUCCUCUUGCUGCGCGGACCUGAGGAUGAAGCUCCCUAACACGCGCCUCACCUUCAUCCAGCCCCUCUCCGUCGGGUGACAGCCGCCGGAGAGCCGCAAAGUCGCCAUUUUUCCGCUCCGCCGGGUGACAGCCGCCGGAGACGAUUCGACGACCCACUUCAUUGGUCUCUAGACUUCGCGAGAAGAUCUAGAGAUUGCCCACGUCGUCUUUGUCCAAGGAGAGCCUUCGAGGCCAUGGACACUGCACGACGACCCUCCCGAACACUCAGGAUUCCGGUGCAUCGCCGACGCGUCGCCGUCGCGACGCCGGAACUCUGUUUUCCUGCUUUAUCUAGAGAUUGCCCACGUCGUCUUUGUCCAAGGAGAGCCUUUGAGGCCGUGGACACUGCACGACAACCCUCUCGAACGCUCAGGAUUCCGGUGCAUCGCCGACGCGUCGCCGUCGCGACGCCGGAACUCUGUUUUCCUGCUUUAUCUAGAGAUUGCCCACGUCGUCUUUGUCCAAGGAGAGCCUUUGAGGCCGUGGACACUGCACGACGAUCCUCCCGAACGAUCAGGAUUCCGGUGCAUCGCCGACGCAUCGCCGUCGCGACGCCGGAACUCUAUUUUCCUGCUUUCAAUUUAAUUUACGCUUCAUUUAGUGAUACUUUGUUGAUUUUUAUUUACCAAACUAUACUUCGUUCAACUACGAUUCUUCCGGCUUUUACAGAUCUUAAUUUGAUUAAUUGAGUCGUCUGUAAUCGCCUACGUAAGAAUCGUCGGGCAGAACUCUGUUUCUGCCUGAUUCGCGUUCGCCGGGCACUGACAUCUAGAGAUCAAUGAAGUGGGUCGUCGAGUCUGUCUCCGGUGGCUGUCACAUGACGGAGCGGAAAAGCGGUGACUUUGCGGCUCUUUGGUGACUGUCACUCGACGGAGAGGAGCUGGAUGGAGGUGGGGCGCAUGUCAGGGAGCUUCAUCUUUAGGUCCGCGCAACAAGAGGAGGCUGUUCAUCGCAUCUGGUACACUCUUAGGAGGUGGCGACUCUUCUCCUGACGGAUCGUCCUCUUCUUGACGACAGCUUGUUUGUCGAUCAAUCGAAGAUGAUUUACUCGAUGGAUUCGUGAUCCUUUUAUCACGAAUCGUUCAAUAAUUUUAGUAGCAAUGCUCCGCGAAUCGCGUUGACUAAAUUUUCACCGAUGAUCUAGCGAUUCUCGUUGCUUAAUCCUUCACCGGCGAUCUGCAAGAAAGUCGCGAUAAUCAGAUAAAAAUAUAUGAAUUUUGACUCUAGGAGGAUUCGAACCCGUGCUAGUCGCCCACCUCUUUUGAGGAAGGUGUGAUGUGGGUUUAGUCCCACAUCGGUUGUGCAGUGAUUUUUCGAGCGAAUAUGUAGUACUGUUAGCUUUGUGAGCAAAGUUCCUUCUCUCGCGUGUACGACCACUCUUUGCCCCACAGUCGGCUGGCCACCAAUGACAUGGAAGGGGAGUGGCAUACACGUGCCCUAUUAGUCCAAGCCAAGCCGCUCAAGCCCCUACUCGUGGCUACUCCCUAACUGCACUUUCGACCUGCUUGCGGGCCUGACUAGCCGGCGAGUCCCCCAUUUUGCAAUAUUUUUAUUUUUAUUUCUUGUUCUUCAUUUAUCUCAAAAGUGAGACUGUAAAAAUUAUAUAAAAUCACAUAAUUACCUCAAAAUUCACGUUAAUCAACUGAAAACCACAAAUCAUUUUUUAACACAAAUAUAAGUCUAUUUAUCAUGAGUUAAGGCUAAAACUAUAUUAUUUACUAAUUAUUAACUCAUGAUAAUGAAGACUUAUGAUGCCCCCAUCAGUCUAAGCCACUUGAGCCUCUACUCGCGGCUACUCCCCAACUACGCUUUCGACCCACUUGUGGGCCCGGCUGGCUGGUGGGUUCCCCCCAUUUUGUUAUAUUUUUAUUUCUUUUUUUUCUUCAUUUAUCUGAAAAAUAAGACUAUAAAAAUCAUAUAAAUUUGUAUAAAAUCACAUAAUUAUCUAAAAAUUCACAUUAAUCAACUAAAAAAUACUUUUCAUAUUUUAACAUAAAUAUGUCUAUUUAUCAUGAGUUAAGGCUAAAAUUGUAUUAUUUAUUAAUUAUUAACUCAUCUUAAUGAAAAUUUAUGACUUGUUUGUCGAUCAAUUAGAGAUGAUUUACUCGAUGGAUUCGUGAUCCUUUUAUCACGAAUCAUUUAGUAAUUUUAGUAACAAUACUCCACGAAUUGCGUUAACAAGAUUUUCACCAAUCAUCUACCAAUUUUGACAGCUUAAUCCUUCACUGACGAUUUAUAGGAAAGUUACAAUAAUCAAAUAAAAAUACAAGUUUUGGCUCUAGAAGGAUUUGAGCCCAUGUCAGUUGCCCGCCUACAUGAGAGAGAUUGAAAUAAGUACUCUACUACCCUUAUCAAGUGAUGUUAUUAUGGUUUAUCUUUGUAUAAUGAAGGGGUAGUUUAGGUAUUUAAAUCUUUGAAGUCUCUGGAGGGAAGGUGUGAUACAGGUUUAGUACCACAUUAUUUGUGCACUGAAGUUUUUGACGAAUAUAUAGUAAUAUAACAUUUGGAAGUAAUGAGUCACUUUCUCUCAUGUGUAUGACCACUCCUUGCCCCACAACCGGCAAGCCACCAGUGACGUGGAAGGAGAGUGGUGCACAUGCCCCCAUCUGUCCUAGCCACUCGAGCGCCUACUUGUGGCUCCCCUCGACUAUACUUUCGACCCCCUUGUAGGCCCGACUAGCUAGUGAGUCCCUCUAUUUUACUAUUUUUUUUUAAUUUCUUUUUCUUUAUUUAUCUCAAAAAUAAGACUAUAAAAAUCAUAUAAGUUUUUAAAAAAUCACAUAAUUAACUAAAAAACCACGUUAAUCAAUUGAAAAUUACUUUUCAUAAUUUAACAUAAAUAUAAGUUUAUUUCUAAUGAGUUAAGGCUAAACUAUAUUAUUUACUAAUUAUUAACUCAUGAUAAUGAAAACUUAUCAAUGGGGAAUAGAUUUCAUGGGUCCAUUCCUAUUAGCUGAAAAUAUGAAUAUAUUUUGAUUGCUAUUGAUUAUGUGUCUCAAGUGGUGGAAGCUUUCCUACUGGAAUUAAUGAUCAUAAAAUCGUGAUGAAAUUUGUGUAAGAAAAUAUUUUUUUAGAUUUAGAUGUCAUAAAGUGAUUAUUAGUGAUGGAGGAACAUAUUUUACAAAUAAAUAUUUUAAGGAACUGUUAAAAAAGAAUGGAGUACACCAUAGAGUAGUCACUCCAUAUCAUCCUCAAAUAAAUAGGUAAGUUGAGGUAGCGAACAAGAAAAUUUAGAGAAUUUUAAGAAAAAUAAUUAGACUAGAUAGGAAAAACUGGCCACAAAAUUACAAGAUGCAUUAUGAGUUGAUAGAAUAGCUUAUCAAAAUCUCAUAGGUAUAUCCCCAUUUUGUCUCAUUUUUGGAAAGCAUGUCAUCUUCUUGUGAAAAUAGAGCAUAAAGCAUUAUGGGCUAUAAAAAUUUUCUAUAUGGAUGAAAAAUCAGCUGGUAGGCAUAGAAUUUUUCAACUACAUGAACUAGAGUUGAGGAAUAAAGCUUAUGAAAAUCAUAGAAUAUAAAAAAAAAUUAAAACUUUUCAUGAUAAAUACAUUAGUAGAAAAAAAAUGAUGUUGGACAAAAAGUGUGGUUAUAUGAUUUUAGGCUGAAAUUAUUCUUAGGAAAGUUAAAAUCAAAAUGGACAGGGUCUUAUGUGGUGGAAGAGACAUGAUCAUGGGGCUGUAAUGAUUAAAAUCCUAAAAGUGAUCAUAACUUUAAGGUAAAUAGACAACAAUUUAAAUAUUACAUAGAACACGAAUGCCUUGCAGAAAAAGAAAUUUUAUUAUUAAAAGAAAUUCAAGAGUAAGAUCAAUGUGUCCAGAUGAAAAUAUUAAAUUCAGCAUUGUAUGGGAGGUAAGUGCAUGGGGAGUGUAAGAUGAAGUAGAAAAUUAAAAAUGAGGUUGAGGUGAUGUCUUUUUGAGCUUUAUCAUUUUAACAACAUUUUUAAUGCUUAACUUUGCAUAUAUGCAUGCUUCACUUGAAAAUUAUAAUUUUUGUAAAUUCUAUUUCAAUUUUUCUGUGUCAUUGAGGACAAUGUCAUUUUUAAGUUGGGGGGUGAAGUGUUAAUUCUUAAUUUAUGCUGUAUGACAAUUAAGAACAUGUGUUUGCAUUUUUUUUCAUGCUCACUUAGAACAGCACUUAAAAAAAAUAUAUAUUCAGAAAAACUACAACAUCUAUUUUCUAGUUUUCUAUUAGGAACAAUAGAUUCUCAAAAAUAGUAGACAAAAAGUAGCCCAAAAUUUUAAAUUCUAGAUACCCUUUCCUCACAUUUCAAUCCCCUAGACAUAUAUUACUAAAAUUUGAAAUUGCAACUAUAAAGAGGAUAGUUUUCAUUUAUUUUUGAUAAAUUUAUUGAUGCUAAAAACAAAAUUGAAAACAAAAAGUAGAAUUGUUAGAAUUGUUACAAAUUUCUUACGUCAUAUUGCAUACACAAAAAAUUAAAUCAAUUUGAUUGAUUGAUAUCAAAAGAUACUAGGAAGAUUAUUAUUGAGUCAAAAAAAUGAUUUAGUAGCAUGAAAUAUUGGAAUACUCCUUGGAUACAUGAUAGAUAAUAUAGAUUUGAUUUAAAAAAAUUUAUUUUCAUGAUCUUGAUGGAUAGUAUUUACUUGAUGUGAAAAUUUGAUUGAUCAUUUGAGUUCAAUGGAAAUUUUUCCACUUUGAUCUAUAGGACUUGUGAUGAGAAAUCACUUAUUUAAAAAAAGAAAGAGAGAGCAAUGUGAAAAAUCUAGAAACGAAGAGUACACAUAGAGGGUGUGAGACAUCAUUCUCAUUGUCGAAAAUCAUGCAUAGAAAAACAUUUACUACAAAAUAAGUGGAUAAAGUGAAAGCCCUGAAAAUAAAGAGUACACAUGGGGUAUGAGACAUUAUUCUUAUUGUCGAAAUUUAUCUACAAGGAAAGCUACUUAUCCACUAUAUAUAUAUAUAAAAGAAAUAAAUAUAGUGCAAAUUUCAAAAAUCAAGUCAUGGAAAAAAGAAAAUGUAGGAUCAAUAUUAUUCUUAGAUGAGUAUUAAUAAUUAGAACAUCUUGUAAAUAUAUAUAUGAGUUAAGAAGUGAUAAAGAUGUGAAUAGAAGAAGUGAAGUCUAGAUUGUUAUUCUAAGUACUACAUAAAUAUUUAAAUGCUUGACAUCAUUCUUAAAUACUUGAUAUAAGAAUCCAAAGUUUCUAAAGGUGCAUCCUUUCUAAUUGUAUUUUUUUUAUACAUUGAAAUAAGAUAUUUGAGAUUUAUGAAUUUUUAUUUUCUUAAUUCUGUUAUUAAAGGAUCAACAAUAAUUUAAGUUGGGGGUGUUAUAAGUGUUCAUUAUCAUGAGUUAAUAAUUAGUAAAUAAUAUAGUUUUAGUCUUAACUCAUGAUAAAUAGAUUUAUAUUUGUGUUAAAGUGUGAAAAGUGAUUUUCAAUUAAUUAACCUAAAUUUUUGGCUAAUUAUGUGAUUUUUUAUAAAUUUAUAUGAUUUUUAUAGUCUUAUUUUUUAGAUAAAUGAAGAAAAAGAAAUAAAAAUAAAAAUAUAACAAAAUGAGGGGGACCCACUGCCCAGCUAGGUGUGUAGGUGGGUCGGAAGCACAAUUAUGGAGGAAUCAUGAGUAGGGGCUCAAGAGAGUAGGACCAAUGGGGAUCUGUGUGUGCCGCUCCCCUUCCACGUCACUAGUGGCUAGUUGGCUGUGGGGCAAGGAAUGGUCGUACACACAGGAAAAAGGGAUUGAUUGCUUGUAAAUGUAAUAUUACUAUAUAUUCGUCCAAAACUUCAACACACAAGUAAUGUGGGACUAAACCUACAUUACACCUUCCUAUGAAAGAGUUCGAAGAUUUUAAUACUUAAAAUAUCUCAUAGUUAUAACAGAGAUAUACCAUGAUGACGUCACUUUAUAAGGACAUUAGAGUACUUAUUUGACUCUCUAUAUGUACAUAGGAAACCAGCAUGAGUUUGAAUCCUCUUAGAGCCAAAACUCAUAUUUUUAUCUAAUUAUUGCAACUUUCCUAUAGAUCACCAGUGAAGGAUUAAGCAGCCAAAAUUACUAGAUUAUUGACGAAAAUCUCAUCAACACCCUUAUUUCCCUUUUUUAAAAUUUUAAAUAUAUUUUAUUUUUAUUUCUUAAUAUAAAAUUUAUAAAAAUUUGUCUUCUUUGAGAAAAAAUUUGAAAACUUACCCAAUAUUAUAUUACAUCCCUACAAUUGAUUUGAAAUUUUAUCACUAUUUUUGAAAAUUUUAUUGAAUUAUAAUUGAUAUAUUUGUUCAGAAAUACUUCUAAAUAUUCAAAAAUUAGUAUUUUCUAGUUUUAUAAAUUUUAAAUUUGACAUGAUUUACUAUACAACUACUAAAUCAUGUCACCCUUUUCAAAUAUUUUAGAAGAUUUUAAUACCUAAAAUACCUCUUAUUUAUCAAAAGAAGAUAGCUUGAUGAUGUCACUUUAUAAGGAUAUUUGCGUACUUAUUUUACUCUUUCUCAUGACAAUGGGUAAUCGGUGAGGGUUUGAAUCCUACUAAAGUCAAAACUCAUUUUUAUCUAAUUAAAUCAUGAUUUUCUUAUAGAUCACUAGUGAAGGAUUAAGCCAUCAAAAUUGCCCAAUUUUUGACAAAAAUCUAAUCAAUGUGUUUCGUGGGGCAUCAUUACUAAAAUUACUAAAUGAUUGAAGAUAAAAAGAUAGUGAAUCCAUUGAGUAAAUCAUAGUUGAUUGAUCAACGACCAAGUCGUCGUGGGAAGAAGACAAUCCACCAAAUGUGAUGAAGAGCCAUCUUUUGUUGUGCUGACCUUAGGAUGAAACUCCCAUGUGCCCCACCUCUAUCUAGUUCUUCUCCAUUGGGUGACAGCUGUUAGAGAGUUAUAAAGUUGUCAUAUUUUUGCUUUGUCAAGUGACAGCCACCAAAGAUGAUUCGACGACUCAUUUCGUUGAUCUCUAGACUUUGCAAGAAGAUCUAGAGAUUGCCCACAUCGUCCUUGUCCAAGGAGAGUUUUCAAGGCUUUAGACACUACAUGACAAUCCUCUCGAACACUCAAGAUUUUAAUGCAUUGUCAACACAUCAUUAAUGUCAUGCUUGAAUUCUAUUUUUCUUACUUUCAACUUAAUUUUUACUUCAUUUACAGAUAAUUUAUGUGAUUUAACUUUUUCAAAUUACUCUCCAUUUAAUUACGAUUCUUCUAACUUUUAUAAAUCUUAAUUUGACUAAUUAAAUCAUCUAUAAUCAUGUGUUGCAUCAACAAGUUAUAUUGGAGUGUUUUUUAUUGUAGAAAAGUGCAGAAAUUUGAUGCAGAUUUGGUAUUUUCUACUUUAGUUUUUCUUAAGAUAGAUGUGAUAUAUUUUGAUUGCAAUAUAAAAAAACCAGAUGAAAUAUUAAUUAAUUCUAUACCUAAAAAGAAAUAAGCAUGUCCUAAAUCACCCAUAGAAAAUAUGGAAUUUAAGCAAUGUAUAAUAUUAUGAAGUUCAAAAGAAUUAGGGCUAAUUAAUAUGAUGUCAUCAACAUAUAUAAGCAAGAAAUAUGGGAUGAAGUUUAUAUAUUUGGAAAAUAAUGAGGAGUCAAUUUUAGAACCAUUAAAUUCAAGGGAAGUUAAAAUAUUAGAGAGUCUUAGCCCAUAUAAUGAUUUUUGAAGUUUACACAUGUAAUCAGGAUAAUUAGGAUGGCUAAAACUAGGGGGUUGACUCAUAUAAAUUGUUUUAGAAAGAUCACCAUGUAAGAAAGCAUUUGAGACAUCCAAUUAGUGAAUAUACUAAUUAUGCUGAUUUGCUAGAGAAAGUAAAAUGUGGGUAGUAGCAAUUUUAAUAAUAGGAUUGAUAAGUCUACAUUAUCAUGAGUUAAUAAUUAAUAAAUAAUAGAGUUUUAAUCUUAACUCAUGAUAAAUAAAAUUAUACUUCUAUUAAUUUAUGAAAAUUGGUUUUUAGUUAGUUAAUGUGAUUUUUUGGCUAAUUAUGUGAUUUUAUAUAAAUUUAUAUGAUUUUUAUACUCUUAUUUUUGAGAUAAAUGAAGAAAGAGAAAUUAAAAUAAAAAUAUAGAAAAAAGAGGGGACCCACCAACCAGUUGAGCCCACAAUCAGGUUGAAAGCACAGUCGAGGGGAGCCAUGAUUAGAAGCUUGAGCAACUAUGGACUGAUGGGGGCAUGUGUGUGCCAGUCCCUUCUACGUCACUAGUGGCCAGCUAGUUGUGUAGCAAAGAGUAGUCGUACACACAAGAAAGAGACUCAUUGCUUCUAAAUCUAAUAUUAUUAUAUAUUCAACCAAAAAUUCGAUGUACAAUUGACGUGACUCAGUCGUUGUAUAUUAAAUCACGCAAAUUUAAAAUUUAUAAAACUAGAAAAUACGAAUUUUCGGAUAUUUAGAAGUAUUUCAAAAUAAAUAUAUCAAUUAUAAUUCAAUAAAAAUCCCAAAAAUAGUGGUAAUUUUCCAGGUCGAUCACAGGGAUGUAAUAUAAUAUCUGGUAAUUAUUCAGAAUUUUUCUCAACGAGUACGAUUUUCUUACGAAUUUUAUACUAGGAAAUAAAAAGGAAAUAUAUUUAAAAUUCAUGAAAAAAAGGAAAUAAGGGUGCGGGCGUCAGGAUGACGUCAGCGCCAGGCGAACGCGAAUCAGGCGGAAACAGAGUUCCGCCCGGCGAUUCUUACGUAAGCGAUUACAGACGACUUAAUUAAUCAAAUUAAGAUCUGUAAAAGCCGGAAGAAUCGUAAUUUAACGAAGUAUAGUUUGGUAAAUUAAAAAUCACACAAAGUAUCACUAAAUAAAGCGUAAAUUAAAUUGAAAGUAGGAAAACAGAGUUCCGACGUCGUGACGGCGACGCGUCGGCGAUGCACCGGAAUCCUGAGCGUUCGGGAGGAUCGUCGUGUAGUGUCCACGGCCUCGAAGGCUCUCCUUUGACAAAGACAACGUGGGCAAUCUUUAGAUAAAGCAGGAAAACAGAGUUCCGGCGUCGCAACGGCGACGCGUCGGCGAUGCACCGGAAUCCUGAGCAUUCGGGAGGGUCGUCGUGCAGUGUCCACGGCCUCGAAGGCUCUCCUUGGACAAAGACGACGUGAGCAAUCUCUAGAUCUUCUCGCGAAGUCUAGAGACCAAUGAAGUGGGUCGUCGAAUCGUCUCCGGCGGCUGUCACCCGGCGGAGCGGAAAAACGGCGACUUUGCGGCUCUCCGGCGGCUGUCACCCGACGGAGAGGGGCUGGAUGGAGGUGAGGCGCGUGUUAGGGAGCUUCAUCCUCAGGUCCGCGCAGCAAGAGGAGGCUCUUCAUCGCAUCUGGUACGCUCUCAGGAGGUGGCGACUGGUCUCCCGGCGGAUCGUCCUCUUCCCGACGACGGCUUGUUCGUCGAUCAAUCGGAGAUGAUUUACUCGAUGGAUUGCGAUCCUUUUAUCGCGAAUCGUUCAGAAAUUUUAGUAGCAAUGCUCCGCAAAUCGCGUUGACGAGAUUUUCGCCGAUGAUCCAGCGAUUCCGGUUGCUUAAUCCUUCACCGGCGAUCUGCAGGAAAGUCGCGAUAAUCAGUUAAAAAUAUAUGAAUUUUGACUCUGGGAGGAUUCGAACCCGCGGCGGUCGCCGGCGCCUUACAAGGUGGAUUUAGUCCCACAUCGGUUGUGCGCGGAUUAUUCGGGCGAAUAUAUAGUAAAGUUAGCUUUCUAGGCAAAGUCCUCUCGCGUGUACGACCACUCCUUGCCCCACAGCCGGCUGACCACCGGUGACCUGGAAGGGGAGUGGCGCACAUGUGCCCCUAUCGAUCCAAGCAAGCCGCUCGAGCCCCUGCUCGCGGCUACUCCCCGACUGCGCUUCCGACCCGCUUGCGGGCCCGGCUGGCCGGCGGGUCCGCCCAUUUUGCAAUAUUUUUAUUUUUAUUUCUUGUUCUUCAUUUAUCUCAAAACUAAGACUGUAAAAAUCGUAUAAAAUCACAUAAUUACCCAAAAAUUCACGUUAAUCAACUGAAAACCACUUUUCAUGCUUUAACACAAAUAUAAGUCUAUUUAUCAUGAGUUAAGGCUAAAACUAUAUUAUUUACUAAUUAUUAACUCAUGAUAAUGAAGACUUAUCAACAAUCAAUGUGGAACUAAACCCGUAUCACACCUUCUCAAAAAUGGUUUCAUUUAUUUUAAUACCUAAAUUACCCUUUAGGUAUAACAAUGAUAUACUGAUAAGUCUUCAUUAUCAUGAGUUAAUAAUUAGUAAAUAAUAUAGUUUUAGCCUUAACUCAUGAUAAAUAGACUUAUAUUUGUGUUAAAGAAUGAUUUUUUGUCUUCAAUUGACUAACGUGAAUUUUUGGGUAAUUAUGUGAUUUUAUACGAUUUUUACAAUCUUACUUUUGAGAUAAAUGAAGAACAAGAAAUAAAAAUAAAAAUAUUGCAAAAAUGGGGGGACCCGCCGGCCAGCUGGGCUCGCGAGCAGGUCGGAAGCGCAGUCGGGGAGUAAGCCGCAAGUAGGGGCUCGAGCGGCUUGACUUGGGGAUCGACAGGGCACGCAUACGCCACUCCCCUUCCACGUUACCGGUGGGCAGCCGGCUAUGGGGCAAGGAGUGGUCAUACACGCGAGAGAAGGGACUUUGCUCACAAACCUAACAUUACUAUAUAUUCGCCCGAAAAAUCGGCGUACAACCGAUGUGGGACUAAACCCUUGUCACACCUUCCUCAAAAGAGGUAGGUGACGUGACUCAGUUGUUGUAUGUUAAAUCACGCAAAUAUAAAAUUUAUAAAACUAGAAAAUACAAAUUUUUGGAUAUUUAGAAGUAUUUCAAAAUAAAUAUAUCAAUUAUAAUUCAAUAAAAAUUCCAAAAAUAGCGGUAAUUUUUCAGGUCGAUCAUAGAGAUGUAAUAUAAUAUCUGGUAAUUAUUCAGAAUUUUUCUCAAUGAAUACGAUUUUCUUACGAAUUUUGUACUAGGAAAUAAAAAGAAAAUAUAUUAAAAAAUCACGAAAAAAAAAAAGGAAAUAAGGGUGGGGGCGUCAGGAUGACGUUAGCGCCCUGCGAACGCGAAUCAGGCGGAAACAGAGUUUCGUCAGGCGAUUCUUACAUAAGCGAUUACAAACGACUUAAUUAAUCAAAUUAAGAUCUGUAAAAGCUGGAAGAAUCGUAAUUUAACGAAGUAUAGUUUGGCAAAUUAAAAUCACAUAAAGUAUCACUAAAUAAAGCGUAAAUUAAAUUGAAAGUAGGAAAACAGAGUUCCGGCAUCACGACGGUGAUGCGUCGGCGAUGCACCGGAAUCCUGAGCAUUCGGGAGGAUCGUCGUGCAGUGUCCACGGCCUCGAAGGCUCUCCUUGGACAAAGACAACGUGGGCAAUCUCUAGAUCUUCUUGCGAAGUCUAGAGAUCAAUGAAGUGGGUCGUCGAAUCAUCUUCGACGGCUGUCACCUGGCGGAGCGGAAAAACGGCGACUUUGGGGCUCUCCGGCGGCUGUCACCCGAUGGAGAGGAGCUGAAUGGAGGUGAGGCACGUGUUAGGGAGCUUCAUCCUCAGGUCCGCGCAGCAAGAGGAGGCUCUUCAUCGCAUCUGGUACGCUCUCAGGAGGUGGCGACUGGUCUCCCGGCGGAUCGUCCUUUUCCCGACGACGGCUUGUUCGUCGAUCAAUCGAAGAUGAUUUACUCGAUGGAUUCGCGAUCCUUUUAUCGCGAAUCGUUUAGCAAUUUUAGUAGCAAUGCUCCGCGAAUCGUGUUGACGAGAUUUUUGCCGAUGAUCCAGCGAUUCUCGUUGCUUAAUCCUUCACCGGCGAUCUGCAGGAAAGUCACGAUAAUCAGAUAAAAAUAUAUGAAUUUUGACUUUGGGAGGAUUCGAACCCGCGCCGGUCGCCCGCCUCUUUUGAGGUAGGUGUGACGGGGGUUUAGUCCCACAUCGGUUGUAUGCCGAUUUGUGAGCAAAGUCCCUUCUCUCGCGUGUAUGACCACUCCUUGCCCCACAGCCAGCUGGCCACCAGUGAUGUGGAAGGGGAGUGGCGUACGCGUGCCCUGUCGGUCUCCAAGCCAAGCCGCUCAAGCCCCUGCUCGCAGCUUACUCCCCGACUGUGCUUCCGACCCGCUUGCGGGCCCGGUUGGCUGGCGGGUCCCCCCAUUUUUGCAAUAUUUUUAUUUUUAUUUCUUAUUCUUCAUUUAUCUCAAAAGUAAGACUGUAAAAAUCGUAUAAAAUCACAUAAUUACCCAAAAAUUCACAUUAAUCAAUUGAAAACAGAAAAUCAUUUUUUAACACAAAUAUAAGUCUAUUUAUCAUGAGUGAAGGCUAAACUAUAUUGUUUACUAAUUAUUAACUCAUGAUAAUGAAGACUUAUCAGCAGGCGACUGACGUGAGUUCGAAUCCUCCCAGAGUCAAAAUUCAUAUAUUUUUAUCUGAUUAUCGCGACUUUCCUACAGAUCACUGGUGAAGGAUUAAGCAACGAGAAUCGUUGGAUCAUCGGCGAAAAUUCGUCAACGCGAUUCGCGGAGCAUUGCUACUAAAAUUGCUGAAUGAUUCGCGAUAGAAGGAUCGCGAAUCCAUCGAGUAAAUCAUCUCCGAAUGAUCAACGAACAAGCCGUCAUUGGGAAGAGGACGAUCCGCUGGGACACCAGUCGCCACCUCCUGAGAGCAUACCAGAUGCGAUGAAGAGCCUCCUCUUGCUGCGCAGACCUGAGGAUGAAGCUCUCUAACACGCGCCCCACCUCCAUCCAGCUCCUCUUCGUCGGGUGAGAGCCACUGGAGGGCCGCAAAGUCGCCAUUUUUCCGCUCCGCCGGGUGACAGCCGCCAGAGACGAUUCGACAACCCACUUCAUUGAUCUCUAGACUUCGCAAGAAGAUCUAGAGGUUGCCCACAUCGUCUUUGUCCAAGGAGAGCCUUUGAGGCCGUGGACACUGCACGACGAUCCUCCCGAACGGUCAGGAUUCCGGUGCAUCGCCAACGCAUCGCCGUCACGAUGCCGGAACUUUGUUUUCCUACUUUCAAUUUAAUUUACGUUUCAUUUACUGAUACUUUGUGUGAUUUUAAUUUACCAAACUAUACUUCGUUCAAUUACGAUUCUUUCAGCUUUUACAGAUCUUAAUUUGAUUAAUUAAGUCAUCUGUAAUCACUUACGUAAGAAUCACCGGGCGGAACUCUGUUUUUGUCUGAUUCGCAUUUGCCCGGCGCUGACGUCAUUCCAACGUCUGCACCCUUAUUUCGUUUUUUUUCGUGAAUUUUAAGUAUAUUUCCUUUUUAUUUCCUAGUAUUAAAUUCAAAAGAAAAUUGUAUUCAUUGAGAAAAAUUCUGAAUAAUUACCAGAUAUUAUAUUACAUCCCUGUGAUUGACCUGGAAAAUUACUGCUAUUUUUAGAAUUUUUAUUGAAUUAUAAUUGAUAUAUUUAUUUAGAAAUACUUCUAAAUAACCAAAAAUUCGUAUUUUCUAGUUUUAUAAAUUUCAUAUUUGCGUGAUUUAAUAUACAACGACUGAGUCACGUCAUAUACCAUGAUGACAUCACUUCAUAAAGAUAUUAGAAUACUUAUUUUAAUCUCUCUCAUGUAGGCAAGUAAUCGAGGUGAGUUCAAAUCCUACUAGAGCCAAAACUCAUAUUUUUAUCUAAUUAAAUCACUACUUUCUUGUAGAUCACUAAUGAAGGAUUAAGCCGCUAGAAUCAUUCAAUUAUUAACAAAAAUUUCAUCAACGUGGUUCGCAAAAUAUUGUUAUUAAAAUUAUUAAAUGAUUCAUGAUAAAAGGAUUGUGAAUCUAUUAAGUAAAUAAUCUGUAAUUGAUUGACGAAUAAGCUGUCGUCGAAAAGAGGAUGAUCCGUUAGGAGAUGAGUUGCCACCUUCUAAGAGCAUACUAGAUAUGAUGAAGAGCCUCCUCUUACUGUGCAGAUCUGAAGAUGAAGCUCCAUAACACGCACCUCACCUCUAUCUAGCUCUUCUUUGUUGGUUAAAAGUAGCUAGAGGGCAGCAAAGUCACUAGUUUUUUGCUUUGGUUGGUGGCAAUCAUCGGAGAUGGUUCGACAACCCAUUUUAUUAAUCUCUAGACUUUACAAGAAGGUUUAGAGAUUACUCACGUCAUCCAUAUCUAAGAAGAGUCUUUGAGACCAUAGACACUAUACGACAAUCCUUUUGAACACUCAAGAUUCUGGUGCAUCCUACUGCAACACCAAAAGUCUAUUUUCAUACUUCCAACUUAAGUUUCACUUCAUUUAGUGAUAACUUGUGUGAUUUAAAUUUACGAGACUAUUCUUCAUUUAGUUACGAUUCUUUUGACUUUUAUAGAUCUUAAUUUGAUCAAUUAAAUCACCUAUAAUCACUUACAUAAGAAUUUUUAGUUUUAUUUGUCAAGCACCAACACCAUCCUAAUGUCCUCCCCUUUAUUUUCUUUUUUUAUAAAUUUGAAAUAAAUUUUAUUUUGAUUUCUUAAUCUAAAAUUCAUAAAAAAUCGUAUUCUUUGAGGAAAAUUUUAAAAAAUUACCCAAUAUUAUACUAGAUCUCUAUGAUUGACUUGAAAAAUUGUUACUAUUUUUGGAAAUUUUAUUAAAUUAUAAUUAAGAUAUUUAUUCAGAAAUACUUCUAAAUAUUUGACAAUUAGUUUUUUCUAGUUUUAUAAAUUUUGAAUUUACAUGAUGUAACAUACAAUGACUAAGUCACAUUUAAUUUUGACACCGUUGCUAAGGAUGUAUUACAUAAUAUUGAGUAUUUUUGUAUUUUUCUCUUUGACUACAAAAAAAAAAUUAACUCUUGUUUUUAUUUUCUUCUUGUAUAAAAAAAAGAAAAAAGAGAGAACAAAGAUUAGCAAGGGAAGUAUUGAGGCAUACUAAAGGAGGAUAAUAGUUAUUAAACUUUUUUCUUAAAUUUAUUGAUUUUGAUGGAUCUUGAAGGAAGUACAAGUCAAAUUGAGAACAAUCUUAUGGCCAUAAAAAACCCCUAAUUCAUUUCAAAGAGCAUCCAAUAUUUGAGUCCCAUUAGCACCCAUUGUUAAAUUCCAAAUAAAUCUAGAAAAUUUCUAAAUGCUCCCUAAUUUUCAUGGGUUACCUUUAGAGGAACCUCAUUAGCAUUUGAAAAAAAUUCAUAUGGUCUAUGAUUUUCUUAAUCUCCUUCGAGUUACACUAGAAAUUAUUAAGAUGAAACUAUUCCCUCAUAUACUUAGGGACAAGACUAGUUAUUAGCUAUCCCUAUUAGAUAAAGAAUUAAAUAGUUGAAAAGACAUAGAAUAGUCUUUUCUUUGAAAAUUUUACCCCUUAGGAAAAACUCAAAAUAUGAGAAAAUAUAUAUGAAGUUUUUCUCAAAAUCAAAGAGAAACUUUGUAUGAGACAUGAGAAAAAUUCAAAGAUUUACUUAAAAAGUGUCGUCAUCAUACUAUACCCAAGUGGCAACUCAAUAAAAUUUUUUAUUAUGAAUUAUUAGAACAACAUAUAGAUAUAAUUGAUUCUAUGUGGAAGAGCUUAUAUGGAGAAAACCUCUAAUGAGAUUUAUAGUCUUUAUGGGAAUUUAAGUGAAAAUAAUAGAGAUCAAGUCUUGACGUGACUUAGUUAUUCUAUAUUAAAUCACAUAAAUUUAAAAUUUAUAAAACUAGAAAAUAUUAAUUUUCAGAUAUUUAGAAGUAUUUCUAAACAAAUAUAUCAAUUAUAAUUUAAUAAAACUUCUAAAAAUAGUGAUGAUUUUCCAAGUCGAUUAUAGAGAUAUAAUAUAAUAUUAGAUAAUUUUUCAGAAUUAUUUUAAAAAAUAUGAGCUUUUAUACUAAGAAAUAAAAAUAAAAUAUAUUUAAAAUUUUUGAAAAAGGGAAAUAAGGGUGCAUUGAAUCGUCUUUGGUGGCUGUCAUCUAGCGGAGUACAAAAAUGACGACUUUGUGGCUCUCUAGCGGCUGUCACCUGAUGGAGAGGAGCUAGAUGGAGGUAUACUGUUUGUAGAGAGCUUCAUCCUCAAGUUCACACAAGUACUACAAAAUUUUAAGAAAAAUAGAGCUUAAAAAAAAGUCAAAUAGAAUGAAAUAAAAAUCAUGGGUUGCCUCCCAUGCAACGCUAAAUUUAAUGUCUCCAACUAGAUACGUUGAUCUUACUCUUGAAUUUCUUUUAAUAAUAAAAUUUCUUUUUCUACAAGAUGUUCAUGUUCUAUGUAAUGUUUAAGCUGCUGUCCAUUUACCUUAAAGUUAUGAUCACUUUUAGGAUCUUUAAUCAGUAUAGUUCCAUGAUCAUAUGUCUUUUCCACCACAUAAGGCCCUGUCUAUUUUGAUUUUAAUUUUUUUGGGAUAAAUUUCAGCCUAGAAUCAUAUAACCACACUUUUUGUCCAACAUCAAUUUUUUUUCUGCUAAUGUAUUUAUCAUGAAAAGGUUUAGUUUUUUCAUUAUAUAUUCUAUGAUUUUCAUAAGCUUCAUUCCUCAACUCUUCUAAUUCAUGUAGUUGAGAAUUCUAUGCCCACCAGCUGAUUUUUCAUCCAUACAUAAAUUUUUUAUAGCCCAUAAUGCUUUAUGCUCUAUUUUCAUAGGAAGAUGACAUGGCUUUCUAAAAAUGAGAUGAAACGGGGACAUACUUAUGGCAUUUCUAUAAGUUGUUCUAUAAGCUCAUAAUGCAUCUUGUAAUUUCAUGAGUCAAUGACGUGACUCAGUUGUUGUAUAUUAAAUCACGCAAAUAUAAAAUUUAUAAAACUAGAAAAUAUAAUUUUUUAGAUAUUUAGAAGUAUUUCUAAAUAAAUAUAUCAAUUAUAAUUCAAUAAAACUUCCCAAAAUAGCAAUAAUUUUCCAGAUCGAUCACAGGGAUGUAAUAUAAUAUCUGAUAAUUAUUCAGAAUUUUUCUCAAUGAAUACGAUUUUCUAUGAAUUUUAUACUAGGAAAUAAAAAGGAAAUAUAUUUAAAAAUCACGAAAUAGGGAAAUAAAGGGGCGGAUGUCAGGAUGAUGUUAGUGCUUGGCGAACGCGAAUCAGGCGGAAAUAGAGUUCCGCUCGACGAUUCUUACAUAAGCGAUUAUAGACGAUUUAAUUGAUCAAAUUAAGAUUUGUAAAAGCUAGAAGAAUUGUAAUAGAACAAAGUAUAUCUUGGUAAAUUAAAAACACAAAAAUUAUCACUAAAUGAAGCGUAAAGUAAAUUGAAAGCAGGAAAAUAGAGUUCUAGUGUCACGAUGGUGAUGCAUUGAUGAUGCACCGGAAUCUUGAGCGUUCAGGAGGAUCGUUGUGCAGUGUCCAUGGUCUUGAAGGCUCUCCUUGGACAAAGACGACAUUGGCAAUCUUUAGAUCUUCUCGCGAAGUCUAGUAAUCAAUGAAGUGGGUCAUCGAAUCGUCUCUGAUGGCUAUCACCUAGCGGAGUGGAAGAAUGGCAACUUUGUGGCUCUCCGACGGCUGUCACCCGACAAAGAGGAGCUGGAUGGAGGUGGGGUGCAUGUUAGGGAGCUUCAUCCUCAGGUCCACGCAGCAAGAAGAGGCUCUUCAUCACAUCCGAUACGCUCUUAAGAGGUGGCGACUCGUCUUUCGACAGAUCGUCCUCUUCCCGACGAUGGCUUGUUCGUCGAUCAAUCGGAGAUGAUUUACUCAAUGGAUUCGCGAUCCUUUUAUCGUGAAUCGUUCAGCAAUUUUAGUAGCAAUACUCUGCGAAUCGCAUUGACGAGAUUUUCGUCGAUGAUCCAGCGAUUCUUGUUGCUUAAUCCUUCACUAGCGAUCUGCAAGAAAGUCGCGAUAAUCAGAUAAAAAUAUAUGAAUUUUGACUCUAGGAGGAUUCAAACCCGCGCCGGUCGCCCUCCUCUAAGGAAGGUGUGACGCAAGUUUAGUCCCACAUCGAUUGUGCGGCGAUUUUUCCGGUGAAUAUAUAGUAGUGUUAGCUUUCUAAGCAAAGUCCCUUCUCUCGCGUGUACGACCACUCCUUGCCCCAUAGCCGGCUGGUCACUAGUGACGUGGAAGGGGAGUGGCACACACAUGUCCCUAUAUCAGUCCAAGCUAAGUUGCUCGAGCCACUACUUGCGACUACUCCCCAACUACACUUCCGACCCGUUUGCGGGCCCGACUGGCUGGCGGGUCCCCCCAUUUUGCAAUAUUUUUAUUUUUAUUUCUUAUUCUUCAUUUAUCUCAAAAGUAAAACUAUAAAAAUCGUAUAAAAUCACAUAAUUAUCCAAAAAUUCACAUUAAUCAAUUGAAAAUCACAAAUCAUACUUUAACACAAAUAUAAGUCUAUUUAUCAUUAGUUAAGGCUAAAACUAUAUUAUUUACUAAUUAUUAACUCAUGAUAAUGAAGACUUAUCAGUCAAUCUUUCCUAUUUGGUCUAACUAUUUUUCUCUAAUUUUUUUGAAUUUUCCUAUUUGCUACUUCAGCUUGCCCAUUUGUUUGGAGAUGAUAUGGAGUGGCUACUCUAUGGUGUACUCCAUUCUUUCUCAAUAGUUCCCUGAAAUGUUUAUUUGUAAAAUGUGUUCCUCCAUCAUUAAUAAUCACUCUAGGACAUCCAAAUCUCGAAAAAAUAUUUUCCUGCACAAAUUUCAUCACGAUUUUAUGAUCAUUAGUUCUAGUAGGAAUAGCUUCCACCCACUUUGACACAUAAUCUACAUAAUCAACAGCUACACAUAAUUCAUAUUUUUCAGCUGAUGGGAAGGGACCUAUGAAAUCUAUUCCCCAUACAUCAAAAAUUUCGACUACCAACAUGUUAUUCAUAGGCAUUUCAUCUUUUUUACUCAUGUUAUCUAUAGACUGGUAUGAAAUACAUGUUCUACUAAAUUCUAUAAAAUCUCUAAUGAUUGUAGGCUAAUAAAAACUACACUAAAAAAUUUUGUUGCUGUUUUUCGUCUAGAGAAAUGUCCUCCACAGUUAGAUGAAUGACACAUGUUAAUAAUGCUAUGAUAUUCUUCUUCAAGAACACAUCUCCUUGAAAUUUGAUCAUUGUCCAAGUAAUAUAACUUAGGAUCCUGCCAAAAAUAAUUUCUAAUCUUAGAAAAGAAAUGAUGUUUUCUGUUCUUAUCCCAUUGUUCUAGAAUUUUUCUAGAAACUAGAAAAUUAACAAUAUGUGCAUACCAUGGUGAUGGUUAAUGUUGAGCUGCCAUCAAUUGUUCAUCUAGAAAUGUAUCUUGUAAAGGUAUUGCAUUUACUCUUGUAUCACUUAAUCUAGAAAGAUGGUCAGCAACAACAUUCUCAAAACCUUGUUUAUCUUUUAUUUCUAAGUUAAAUUCAUGCAACAAUAAAAUCCAUCUUAAUAAACGUAGUUUUGUAUCUUUCUUAUUUAAUAGAUAUUUUAAUGCUACAUAAUCAGUAUAAAUAAUAAUUUGAACUCCCAAAAUAUAUGAUCUAAACCUUUCUAACAAAAAUACUAUAGCUAACAACUCUUUUUCAGUCGUGGUAUAAUUUAAUUAAGCAUCGGAUAUAGUUUUACUAGCAUAUGAAAUUACUAUGGGUUUUGACUCUUUUGUUUGUCCUAGAACGGCCCCUAUUGCAUAAUUCGAUGGAUCAGACAUUAUUUUAAAGGAAAAAGACCAAUCAGAAUCUUGUAAUAUGGGUGUCUCAAUAAGUAAUCUUUUUAUUUCAGAAAAAGACUCAAAACAUUUCUCAUCAAAAUUAAAAGGCACAUUUUUAGAUAAUAACAUGGUGAGAAGUUUAGAAAGUUUCAAAAAAUCUUGAAUAAAUUCUCUAUAAUAACCUGUAUGACCCAAUAUAAUGUGUGAUGCAUUAUAUUAGACGUUUCAUUUUAGAUCUAAUAUUAAUUUUUGCUCUAUCCACCUCUAAACCCCUUUCACUCACAAUAUGACCCAACACAACUCUCUCUAACCAUAAAAUGUGAUUUCUCCCAACUCGAAAUUAUUUUUUUCUCUAUACAUUUCUCAAGUACAUGUUGUAAAUGAUUUAAGCAUUCACCAAAUGAUUCACCAAAAACAAAAAAAUCAUCCAUAAAAAUUUCUAUGUAUUUUCCAGUCAUAUUAGAAAAAAUAGAUAGUAUACAUCUUUGAAAUGUGGCUGGAGCAUUACAUAGACUAAAAGGCAUGUGUUUAAAAGCAAAAGUAACAAAUGAACAAGUGAAAGUUAUUUUUUCUUAAUCUAAAGGGUUUAUAUAUAUUUGAUUAUAACUACAGUAUCUACUUAGAAAACAAAAAAAGUUUUUUCCAACUAAUUUUUCUAGAAUUUGAUCAAUAAAUGAUAAGAGAAAAUGAUCUUUCCUAGUAAUUAAAUUUAAUUUUCUAUAAUUAAUACAAACCCUCCAACUAAUAGUUAAUCUUAUUUAUAUUUCAUCUCAAUUUUCAUUUUUUAAAACUAUGAUCCUUGAUUUUUUUGUCACCACUUGUGUAGGACCAACCCAUUUGCUAUUUGAAAUAUGAUAAAUAAUAUUAGUAGCCAGCCACUUUAAUUUUUUUUUGUAUAAUUUCCAUCAUGUUAGGAUUUAAUCUUCAUUGUGGUUCCCUACUAGUUCUAGCCCCCACCUCUAGAUAUAUAUUAUGCAUGCAUACACUCAUAUCAAUGUCCCUUAGAUCGUCCAUUUUCCAGCCCAUAGCUUUCUUUUUUUUUCGAAGUACAUCUAAUAAUUCCUCUUCCUAUUCAUCACUCAAAUCAGCUACAAUAAUAAUAAAAACUGAAUUAUUUUUCUCCAAAAAUACAUAUUUUAAACUAGAGGGAAGAGGUUUCAACUCUAAAUUUAGAUGAUCUUCCUCUUUCUUUUCUCUCAAAUUUAUAUUCUCUAUUUCCUCUAAUUCUUCCAGCACAUAGUCAUCAAUAACAUCUAGAUCAUCAAAAUCAUCUAGAAGAUCUAUGGUAUGACAAUCAUAUAUUUGAGAUUUCUUAAGAUCAUUUGAUACCUCAAAAAUUUUAAUUUCUACUGAUUGAUCUCCACAUGAAAUUUUUGCAAUCCUUCUAGGAAAAUCAAUAUUCAUUUUUUCUGUAUGUAAAAAUGGUCUCCAUAGGAUGAUUGGUGUAUCAUAAACUAUCCAUUAAAAUCCAUUUCUAGUACUACAAAAAUCAGCCAGAAAUUUACACCCUUUAACUAUCACUAUCACAUUUUCUAAAAUACCUUUAGGAUGUUUUAUGAAUACGUCAGCAAAUUGUAAGGUAAUAUUAGAAGCUUUAAGGAAAGUAGUAUUAAAUUUAUCAUAAAUACUUGUAGGUAAUAAAUUAAUACUAGCACUAGUGUCAAGUAAUGCAUUCUGAAAAAUAGAUCCACCAAUAUCACACGAAAUUAAAAGGGCACUCGUAUCUCUCAAUUUAUAUGGUAAUUGAUUUAAUAAUAAAGUACUAGUAUGCAUAGAUAAUUUUUCUACUCUAGGUGCCCUUUUUGGUGUACACAUUUCUUUCAAAACUCUAGUAUAUUCAGGAAUAUGUUCAAUGAUAGUGAGUAAAGGAAGACUAAUUUGCACAUCUUGUAAUUUUUUUUUAUUUCUUCAUUGUGUUCUUUUUUCUUUGUCUAGGCUCUAGAGUUUUAGGAAAUGGAAUGGUUGUCCUCUUUUUUGAAAUUUCCUUGGUAAAAUCUAUAAAAUCCUCUUCUACUCUUAUUUGAUUUUGUUUUAGGUUGUCUACAUUUUCCUUUUCUUCUAAUGUUUGGGGAUAAAGAUUAGGUAAGAUCUUACCAAUCCUUAAUGCAUUCACUGUCCUAACAUUUUCAUUUCAUAGGUUUUUUCUUAGAUUCAUGCUUCUAGACUCCCCUUAUUGAAAUCUUAUUGUUGGGUACUUCCUUGGAUUUUCUAUGGGCUGACUAGGUAGUUGUCCCUCUUUUCUCUUAUUCUCAAGAGCCUCUAUAAUUUGUUUCUAUUGCAGCAUCAUUUGAUUCAUAGUUUGUUGCAUCAUUUGGCUCAUUUGCGGCAUCAUUUUCAUAGUAUCAGGUUGGGUUUGAGAAUGCUGAUUUUUCUGAAAUUUAUUUUCUUAUUUUAGAUGAAAUUCAGAAUUUGAAUUGAGUCAGUGUGUUUGGAUUUUGAAUCUUAUUUGGGUAUCUCCAUGAAAAUUAUUCCUCUAAUUAAGAUUAUAAGAAUUUGAAAAAGGUUUUCUAUUUCUAUUAAAACUAUGAGCUACUUACAUUUGUUCUUGCAUAGUGUGAAAUGAUUGAUCUAAAUUAUAACAUUGAAAUUCAGAAUAAUCAUUUUCACCAUACAUAGGAUAUGUACUAUUUGAAUUAAAUUGAGGGUUAAGAGGCUUUCUAAUAUUGUCAAUAAGUAAAUCAAGCUUUGAUAAUAUUUAAUUAAUCUGAUUAACCUCAUUUCUAAAUUUAGAAUCAUCAUCAUGAUGCAAUUCAUAAUUUUCUCUCUUCUUAUCCCUAUCAUAUAACUCAAAAGAGGCUUGAUCUCUAGAAUUUUCACUUAAAUUAUCAUAAAGACUAUAAAUCUCAUCAGGGGUUUUCUCUAUAAAAGCUCCUCCACAUAUAGUAUUAAUUAUAUUUCUAUGUUGUUCUAAUAAUCCAUCAUAAAAAAUUCUAUUGAGCUACCACUUGAGUAUAGCAUGAUGAGGAAGGACACUUUCUAAGUAAAUCUUUGAAUUUUUUCCAUGUCUCAUGCAAAGUUUCUCCUAAUCUUUGAGAAAAACUUUAUAUAUAUUUUCUCAUAUUUUGAAUUUUUUUAAAGGGAUAAAAUUUUCAAAGAAAAGCCUGUUCUAUGUCUUUCUAGUUAGUUAAUUCUCUAUCUAAUGUGGAUAGCCAAUGACUAGCUUUGUCCCUAAGUGUAUGAGGAAAUAAUUUCAUCUUAAUAAUUUCUAGUGUAACGAGGAAGACUAACUACAUCACAGACCAUAUGAAAAUUUUCUAAGUGCUGAUGAGGUUCCUCUAAAGGCAAUCCAUGAAAAUUAGGGAGCAUUUGAAAAAUUUCUGAAUUUAUUUCGAAUUUAACAGUGGGUGCUAAUAGGACUCUAAUAUUAGAUGCUCUUUGAAAUAAAUUAGGGUUAUAAUAAUUUUUCAUGGCCAUAGGAUUGUUCUCAAUUUGACAUGUACUUCCUUUAGGAUCUAUCAAAAUUAAUUUUUCCUUCGAGUUUUUAGUUUUGAAUGAAAUAAUGAAAGGAUUUUCUAGCCUUGGAUGUAAGGAUCUUCUACCAUGCAUAAAAAAAACCAUUAAAUUCGAGGAAAAAAGUUUAAUAAUUGUUACCCUCUUUUAGUAUGCUCUAGUCCUUGCCUUGCUUCUCUUUGUUCUCUUUUUUUUUAAAAAAAAUUAGCAAGAAGAAAAUAAAACAAGAGUUAAUUUUUUUUUGUGUACUCUAAGAGAAAAAUAGAAAAAUACUUAAUAUUAUGCAAUACAUCCCCAGCAAUGGCACCAAAAUUUGACAUGACUUAGUCAUUGUAUUGUAAAUCAUGCAAAUUUAAGAUUUAUAAAACUAGAAAAUAAAAUUUUUUGGAUAUUUAGAAGUAUUUUUGAACAAAUAUAUCAAGUAUAAUUCAAUAAAAUUUCCAAAAAAAGCGGUAAUUUUCUAAGUUGAUCACAAGGAUGUAAUAUAAUAUCUGAUAAUUAUUCAGAAAUUUUCUCAAAGAAUACUAUGUUUUAUGAAUUUUAUACUAGAAAAUAAAAAGGAAAUAUAUUUAAAAUUUAUGAAAAAGGAAAAUAAGGAUGCAAACGACAAGAUGAAGUUAGCGUCUGAUGACAUAAAUCAGGUGGAAAUAGAGUUCCACCUAGUGAUUAUUACGUAAGUGAUUAUAGAUGAUUUAAUUAAGAAAAUUAAGAUCUAUAAAAGUCAAAAGAAUCAUAGUGAAAUAAAGUAAAUCUUGGUAAAUUUAAAUCACACAAAUUAUCACUAAAUAAAGCAAAAAUUAAGUUGAAAGUAGGAAAAUAGAGUUCCGACAUUACAAUAGAGAUGCAUUGGUGAUGCACCGGAAUUCUGAGUGUUCAGAAGGAUCGUCAUGUAGUGUCCACAGCCUUGAAGGCUCUCUUUAGACAAGGACAAUGUGGGCAAUCUCUAGAUCUCCUUGCGAAGUCUAGAGAUCAAUGAAAUGGGUCAUCAAAUCAUCUCCAACACAUCUAGUGGAGUGAAAAAAUUGUAACUUUGCGGCUCUACAAUAGUUGCCACUUGAUAAGUUUUCAUUAUCAUGAGUUAAUAAUUAGUAAAUAAUAUAGUUUUAGCCUUAACUCUUGAUAAAUAGACUUAUAUUUAUGUUAAAGUGUGAAAAGUGGUUUUCAGUUGAUUAAUGUGAAUUUUUAGGUAAUUAUGUGAUUUUAUAUGAAUUUAUAUGAUGUUUAUAGUAUUGCUUUUGCAAUAAAUGAAGAAAAAGAAAUAAAAAAUAAAAAUAAGACAAAACGAGGGGGACCCACUAAUAAGUCUUUAUUAUCAUGAGUUAAUAAUUAAUAAAUAAUAUAUUUUUAGCCUUAACUCAUGAUAAAUAGACUUAUAUUUAUGUUAAAGUGUGGAAAGUGGUUUUCAGUUGAUUAAUGUGAAUUUUUGGAUAAUUAUGUGAUUUUACAUGAAUUUAUAUGAUUUUUACAAUCUUACUUUUGAGAUAAAUGAAGAAAAAGAAAUAAAAAAUAAAAAUAAGACAAAAUGAGAGGGACCCGCAGGUAGGGGCUCAAGUGGCUUGUACUGAUAGGGGCACAUGUGCACCACUCCCCUUCCACGUCACCAGUGGCCAGCCAGUUGUGGGGUAAGGAUGGGUCGUACACGUGCAAGAAAGGAACUUUGCUUAAAAAUGUAACAUUACUAUAUAUUUGCCCCAGAAUUCAGCGUACAACCGAUGUGGGACUAAACCCAUCACCUUCCUCAGAAAAACAGGGCAACUGACAUAGGUUCGAAUCCUCUUAGAGCCAAAACUCAUAUUUUCAUCUGAUUAUUGUAACUUUCCUAUAGAUUGCCGAUGAAGGAUUAAGCAACUAGAAUUGCUGGAUCAUUAGUGAAAAUCUCGUCAACGCAAUUUGCAGAGCAUUGUUACUAAAAUUGCAGACUGAUUCGCGAUAAAAGGAUCACGAAUCUGUCGAGUAAAUCAUCUCUGAUUGAUCGAUGAGUAAGCCAUCGUCGGGAAGAAGAUGAUCUGUCAGGAGAUGAGUCACCACCUCCUAAGAGCGUACAAGAUGCGAUGAAAAGCCUCCUCUUGCUAUGUGGACCUGAGGAUGAAGCUCCCUAACACACACCCCACCUCCAUCCAGCUCCUCUCCAUCAAGUGACAGCCGCUAGAGAGCCACAAAGUUACUAUUUUUCUGCUUCGUCGGGUGAUAGCUACCAAAGAUAACUCGACGACCCAUUUCAUUAAUCUUUAGACUUCAUGAGAAGAUCUAGAGAUUGCCUACGUCAUCUUUGUCCAAGGAGAGCCUUCAAGGCUGUGGACACUACAUGGCGAUCCUCUCGAUGCUCAAGAUUUUGAUACAUUGCCGACGCAUUGUUGCCGCGAUGCCAGAACUCUAUUUUCCUACUUUCAACUUACUUUACACUUCAUUUAGUGAUAAUCUUUGUGAUUUUAAUUUACUAAAAUAUACUUUGUUCUAUUAUGAUUCUUCUAUCUUUUACAGAUCUUAAUUUGAUUAAUUAAAUUAUUUGUAAUUGUUUACAUAAGAAUCGUCGGGCAAAACUCUAUUUCUGAAUUUUAAAUAUGUUUCCUUUUUAUUUCCUAGUAUAAAAUUCAGAAAAAAUUAUAUUCAUUGAGAACAACUCUAAAUAAUUACCAAAUAUUAUAUUACAUCCCUGUGAUCUACUUGGAAAAUUACUAUUAUUUUUGGAAGUUUUAUGGAAUUAUAAUUGAUAUAUUUAUUCAGAAAUACUUCUAAAUAUCUAAAAAUUAAUAUUUUCUAGUUUUAUAAAUUUUAGAUUUGCAUGAUUUAAUAUACAACGACUGAGUCACGUCACCCGCCAGCUAGCUGGGCCUGCAAGUGGGUCAGAAGCUUAGUCGGGGAGUAGCCGCGAGCAAGGCCUCGAGCAGCUUGGACUGAUAGGGGCACAUGUGCGCCACUCCCCUUCCACGUCACUAGUGGCCAGCUGGUUGUGGGGCAUGGAGUGGUUGUACACGUGAGAGAAGAGACUUUAUUGAAAAAUCUAACAUUAGUAUAUAUUUGCUCAAAGAAUUGACGUAGAAUCAAUGUGGGACUAAACCCACCCCACACUUUUCUCAGAAGGGGGCGGGGCAACUAGUGUGGGUUCGAUUCUUCCUAGAGUCAAAAGUCACAUAUUUUUAUUUAAGUAUUGUGACUUUCCUGCAGAUCGUCGGUGAAGGAUUAAGCAAUGAGAAUCACUAGAUCAUCGGCGAAAAUCUCAUCAACGCGAUUCGCAGAGCAUUGCUACUAAAAUUGCUGAAUGAUUCACAAUAAAAAGAUCGUGAAUCCAUCAAGUAAAUCAUCUCUGAUUGAUCGACGAACAACCUGUCAUUGGGAAGAGGACAAUCCGUCAAGAGACGAGUCGCCACCUCUUGAAAGUGUACCAAAUGCGAUGAAGAGCCUCCUCUUAUUGUGCGGACCUGAGGAUGAAGCUCCUUGACACGCGUCCCACCUCCAUCCAGCUCUUCUCCGUCAGGUGACAGCUGCCAGAGAGCUGCAAAGUCGUCAUUUUUCUGCUCCGCCGAGUGACAGCCGUCGGAGAUGAUUCGAUGACCCAUUUCAUUAAUCUCUAGACUUCGCAAGGAGAUUUAGAGAUUGCCUACGUCGUCUUUGUCCGAGGAGAGCCUUUGAGGCUAUAGACAAUGCACGACGAUCCUCCCAAAUGCUCAGGAUUUUGGUGCAUUGCCGACGCAUUGCCACCGCAUUGCCGCUGCAAUGCUAGAACUCUACUUUCCUACUUUCAACUUACUUUACGCUUCAUUUAGUGAUAAUCUUUGUGAUUUUAAUUUACCAAAAUAUACUUUGUUCUAUUAUGAUUCUUCUAGCUUUUACAGAUCUUAAUUUGAUUAAUUAAAUUAUAUGUAAUCACUUACGCAAGAAUCACUGAGCAGAACUUUGUUUCUGCCUGAUCCGCGUUCAUUGGGCAUUGACGUCAUCUUGACAUCUGCACCCUUAUUUUCCUUUUUUGUGAAUUUUAAAUAUAUUUCCUUUUCAUUUCCUAGUAUAAAAUUCAUAGAAAAUCAUAUUCAUUGAGAAAAAAUCUGAAUAAUUAUCAGAUAUUAUAUUACAUCCUUGUGAUCGAUAUAAAAAAUUACUGUUAUUUUUGAAAGUUUUAUGAAAUUAUAAUUGAUAUAUUUAUUCAAAAAUACUUCUAUAUAUCUGAAAAUUUAUAUUUUCUAGUUUUAUAAAUUUUAGAUUUAUGUGAUUUAAUAUACAACGAUUGAGUCACAUUAUCACUCAAUGGAGAGGAGCUGGAUGGAGGUGGGGCGCAUGCUAGGGAGCUUCAUCCUCAAGUUUGUGCAGCAAGACGAGGCUCUUUACCACAUCCGGUAUGUGACGUGACUCAGUUGUUGUAUGUUAAAUCAUGCAAAUAUAAAAUUUAUAAAACUAGAAAAUACGAAUUUUCGGAUAUUUAGAAGUAUUUCAAAAUAAAUAUAUCAAUUAUAAUUCAAUAAAAAUUCCAAAAAUAGCAGUAAUUUUCCAGGUUGAUCACAGGGAUGUAAUAUAAUAUCUGGUAAUUAUUCAGAAUUUUUCUCAAUGAAUACGAUUUUCUUACGAAUUUUAUACUAGGAAAUAAAAAGGAAAUAUAUUUAAAAUUCACGAAAAAAAAGGAAAUAAGGGUUCAGGCAUCAGAAUGACAUCAGUGCUCGGCGAACGCGAAUCAGGCGGAAACAGAGUUCCGCCCGGUGAUUCUUACGUAAGCGAUUACAGACGACUUAAUUAAUCAAAUUAAGAUCUGUAAAAGCUGGAAGAAUCGUAAUUGAACGAAGUAUAGUUUGGUAAAUUAAAAUCACACAAAGUAUCACUAAAUAAAGCGUAAAUUAAAUUGAAAGCAGGAAAACAGAGUUCUGGCGUCGCGACGGCGAUGCGUCGGCAAUGCACCGGAAUCUUGAGCAUUUGGGAGGAUCGUCGUGCAGUGUCCACGGCCUCGAAGGCUCUCCUUGGACAAUGAUGAUGUGGGCAAUCUCUAGAUCUUCUCGCGAAGUCUAGAGAUUAAUGAAGUGGGUCGUCGAAUUGUCUCCGGCGGCUGUCACCCGGUGGAGUGGAAAAACGACGACUUUGCGGCUCUCCGGCGGCUGUCACCCGACGGAGAGGAGCUGGAUGGAGAUGGGGCGCGUGUUAGGGAGCUUCAUCCUCAAGUCCGCGCAACAAGAGGAGGCUCUUCAUCGCAUCUGGUAUGCUCUCAGGAGGUGGCGACUGGUCUCCUAG